UGCACAUAUACAUUUCACCAAACUUGAGAUCAAAGAAACCUUUUUUUUAUAUUAUUAUUUUCCUUACUUAACCUCCAUUUCUAUAUCUUCAAUCCCUCUCUCUUUUUUCACACACACAAAUGUUCUAACAUUAGAGCUGAAAUUUCAGGUCCAGGAGAACACAAAGGGAACAAAUGACACAAUUUGUGGACAAAAACAAUAAUUUUACAGUUCAGGAAACAAGUAGAAAUUCAAGUUUUUCUUGUCCUUCUUGCGGCCACCAAAUCAAAAGCCAAGACAAGGGUGGAAUUCAUACAUUGCCGGGUUUGCCUGCGGGUGUGAAAUUUGACCCGACGGAUCAAGAGCUUCUUCAACAUUUAGAGGGAAAAGUUGGGUGUGAUGCUCACAAGCUUUUUCUCCAUCCUUUGAUUGAUGAAUUCAUUCCCACAAUUCAAUGGGAACAAGGAAUUUGCUAUACACAUCCCCAAAAAUUGCCAGGAGUAAGAAAAGAUGGACUGGUCAGACAUUUCUUCCACCGGCCAUCCAAAGCCUACACAACAGGAACAAGAAAAAGAAGAAAAGUCCAUGCAGACGCGGACGACGCCGAGGGUGAGGGCGAGACCCGAUGGCACAAAACGGGGAAGACGAGGCCAGUUCUCGUGGGGGGGAGAGUGAAAGGUUACAAGAAGAUACUGGUCCUCUACACCAAUUAUGGGAAGCAAAAGAAGCCAGAGAAGACAAACUGGAUAAUGCACCAAUACCAUCUGGGAAGCAGUGAGGAAGAGAAAGAUGGAGAGAUUGUGGUCUCAAAAGUUUUCUACCAAACACAGCCUAGGCAAUGUGGGAACUCACUCCAAAAAGAAUCCAUUUCUCUCAAGUUUAUAGCACAAAAGAGUCAUAAUAAUAAUAGCAAUAAUAAUAAUCAUCAUGGAGUACAUGACAACAAUGUUGUUGAUUUCUAUAAUCCUUCUUUCAUAUCUUUUGAGUCCAGUGAUCAAAAUAGAUCAUCAAGCAAUAAUUCCCAUCUCAUUGCCCCCUUUGCAGUCCAUGAUGGGUCUUCUGUUGUUUCAUGAUUAUAUUUCUAAUUAUCAUUAUUGUAUGAAUAAAUUUGAGAAAUCAUAAGGGAACUGUGAAUUAAUAUGUUUAUUUGAGAGAACUAAUCUAUUAAAAAGCAAA